UCACUGCCAUGUGUAGUCCAUCCAGACCACCAGAUCUGCGCGAUGGUUCAACCCAAGUAAACCCAACAGAAGGCAGCGAAGGAGAUCCACCAUCCGUCGGCGCCUCUCGAGGCUCGGCACAAGCAGCGCGCUCCAUCCACUGCAGAGAGCCGAGCGCCGCCGGAGGAGAGCCGGAGUCCCCGCCCUGCGCCUCCAGAACCCCCGCCGGCUUGGACGUGUUUCGAACCAGGACGAUAUUUCGAUUCCCUCGGCGCUCGUCCAGCGGAUAUUUCUCCUUAGAGGGCGACGUGCUGCCGAGCCCUCCGCCCUCCCCGAACCCUGCGACGGCUGACAAGUCCACGCAGACUGCCAGCCCCACCGGCCAGGUGAUGGACCACGCCCUGCAGAGAAUGUCUGUGGAGCAGGGAGGAGGAGCCGGGACGCCCCGGGCGCACGGAAGCUCUCCCAACCCCUCUAGCACUCGGGCGAGAAACGCAGUGGGGGCCAUGGAGGCAGAAGCAUUUGGACGCCAACUCCGGUCAAUUGGAGACGAGUACAAUAGACUUCUACUCUUAAGGAGGAUGGCAGGCCGACCCAGACGAAACAUUGUUCCUCUGAACCUCCUGCCACACAUCCACCAGGAGCCUGUCGCCAUGCUCUGUGUGAGCCUCCUGCUCCUCCUGAUUGGACGGCUCAUUUACUUUCAAGGCUGCACAACCAACCAGAAUCAUUCUCAGGUUUAG